CGAGAGGAAACGUUACUGAUUAGACUGACAGUUUGCACCUUGAGGAUUGUCACCCGACACAGACGGUGGGACUAUGAAGACGGUGGUGGCGCUGCUGCUCCUUUGGGUGUGUGACGCCGCACACGCCGACUGCCAGGAUGACUGCCUGUCCUGCGGUCACAUCCUGCCCAAACAGCUCACCUUCAACACCAUGGAGUGUCUCUUUGAGUGUGAAGCCAGCGCCUCCCCAGCGUCAUCCUGGGACGUGUGCCAAGACUCCCUGUCGCUUCAAUCGUUGCCCAAAAGAUCUGAGGAGGAGGUGGAGGCCUUCUUUCCUGCACAGGACGAGGACGAGGAGAACGAGGAGGAGGGCGAAGCUCUGCCUUUGGCCCUGCGGAGGUUCCGUCACGUGACCCGAUCGCUCGGCCUGGACGAGAGCGCCGACGACGCUCUCUCCCCGGAGGACGAGAGCGACGACGCCGGCGCCCCGAGCGUCUCCAAGCGGUUCGGCGGCUUCGUGAAGGGCAGGCACGGCUACAGGAGGCUGAUGGCGCCGGCCAGGUCGUACCAGAAGAGGUACGGCGGCUUCAUCGGCAUCCGCAAGUCGGCGCGCAAGUGGAACAACCAGAAACGCUUCAGCGAGUUCCUCAAACAGUACCUGGGCAUGAGCGCCCGCUCCACAGAGUACAACAGCGUGUCGGACGAGCUCACCCAACACAACCAAGUCUAGCACGGCGACGGUUUCACUUUCCUCUUCUUUAGCUUAGGCUGCGUUUACGCUGCAGCGCUCUUCUUCUCAUUUAGUGCCUGUACUUGAUUUAUGUAGUACUCACAAGUACUUCUUACUGCAUAUUAUACGUACUGUAGGUUGCUUUGUAAACUCUAUUUCCCGCCCACCGCUUUGGCCUAUUUUUACACAAAAACACAAAAAUCCAAGCAGACCCAAAUGCAUCGCCACCAACCACGCGGCAUCAUUCUCUUCUCUUAUUGGUAGGUUUUGUGUACAAACUAGACCGACGGUGCAUUCCAUUUGUACUGGGAAGUCGUAAAUUCCGACUUCCCAGUACAAGACUAAAUCUAACUUUGAAUUUACAAAAAUCCAAGCAGACCCAAAUGCAUCGCCACUAACCACGCGGCAUCAUUCUCUUCUCUUAUUGGUAGGUUUUGUGUACAAACUAGACCGACGGUGCAUUCCAUUUGUACUGGGAAGUCGUAAAUUCCGACUUCCCAGUACAAGACUAAAUCUAACUUUGAAUUUACAAAAAUCCAAGCAGACCCAAAUGCAUCGCCACUAACCACGCGGCAUCAUUCUCUUCUCUUAUUGGUAGGUUUUGUGUACAAACUAGACCAACGGUGCAUUCCAUUUGUACUGGGAAGUCGUAAAUUCCGACUUCCCAGUACAAGACUAAAUCUAACUUUGAAUUUACAAAAAUCCAAGCAGACCCAAAUGCAUCGCCACCAACCACGUGGCUUCAUUCUCUUCUCUUACUGGUCGCCAGAACGUAAACAGGAAGUUGGUUUUGUGUACAAACUAGACCGACGGUGCGUUCCAUUUGUACUGGGAAGUCGGAAUUCACGGCUAAAUCUAACUUUGAAUUUACAAAAAUCCAAGCAGACCCAAAUGCAUCUCCACCAACCACGUGGCAUCCUUCUCUUCGCUUAUUGGUCGCCGGAACGUAAACAGGAAGUAGGUUUUGUCUACAAACUAGA